UAUUACACUUCCACAAACCAAAUACUACGCAUAGCAUUAAAAUCUUAUAUAUCUAUCAUUAUCACCUUUCCAAAACAAUCAAAACUAUCUAAUAUAACUUCCAAAUUCAAUCACUAAUAAGAAGAUGAAGCAAAUCAUCUUCUUUUCUGUCUUAGUACUAUCUGCUCAUAUAUUUUUCAUCAAUACUUCAGCUCAAUCACCAGCAGCAGCACCUAAACCUCCAGCAAAACCUGCCCCUGCCACACCAGCUCCAGCAGCAGCACCAGCAAAACCAUUAGUCCCUUCAUUACCUCAAUCACCCUCCUCCGAUUCUUCGUCCGGUCAAGACAUUAUCAAAAUCCUAAGGAAAGCUAAAUCAUUCAACACCCUAAUCCGCUUGCUCAAAACCACGCAAAUCAUCAACCAAAUCAAUGCGCAGCUGGUCACAACAAAAUCCGGCGGUUUAACCAUUCUUGCACCAGACGACGGUGCUUUUUCGCAGCUCAAAGCCGGAUACUUCAAUUCCCUCGGCGAACGCCAACAGAAAGAACUGAUACAGUUUCAUGUUCUUCCUGUUUAUGUUUCCAGCUCAAAUUUUGAUUCACUAAGUAACCCUGUGCUCACUCUUGCAAGUGAUAGUCCUUCUGGUUAUCAGAUGAAUGUGACUGCUUAUGGAAACAAUGUGAAUAUUUCAACCGGAUCUGUUAAUGCUACACUCACAGGGAUUGUAUAUUCUGAUAAGACACUUGCUAUAUAUCAUGUUGAUAAGGUGCUUGUUCCUCUGGAUUUCUCUAAGCCUAAAGCUCUAGCUCCGGCUCCUACUAUAGCAAAAGCACCUAAGGGUGCUAAGGAUUCAUCUUCAGAUGAUGAUCAGGGUGCGACAACUAAGGCUACUUCUGGUGCUAACAUUUUGAUUGGCUUUCAUGGAACAAUGUUUGUGUCCCUUUUUGUUGCUGCACUAGCCAUGAUCAGUUGAUGAAGAGUAAAUCAUUUGAAGGCUGUUUUGUUUUUUGAAUUUCUUGGUUUCGUUUUUUGUAUUGUCAUGGGAAGAUUGUUGUUUGAGAGCUUGUGAUGUGUGAACACUUUUCUGAUUUUGUUCAUGUAAAAACCGAAAAAUAUUGUUUUGGUGAAAGAAAUUUUAUUUGACAAACUAUAAUCUUCAUUGUAAACAUUUAUAAUUGAUUAUU